CUUUAGAAACAAUGAUUAAUUUAAUUAAUUAACAACACUUCUCUUCCUAAAACUUCCUCGAAAGGGAAAAAGAAGAAGAAGAAGAAAAAUAAUACAGAAUUGGGGCUUGUCAGAUUCCUGGAAUCCAUGGCUUCUCGCAGACGCAUGCUCUUGAAGGUUAUAAUUCUCGGUGACAGCGGGGUAGGCAAGACAUCGCUGAUGAAUCAGUAUGUGAAUCGAAAGUUCAGUAAUCAAUACAAGGCGACAAUAGGAGCUGACUUUUUAACCAAAGAAGUUCAGUUUGAGGAUAGAAUGUUCACAUUACAGAUAUGGGAUACUGCAGGACAAGAGAGGUUUCAAAGUCUUGGAGUGGCUUUCUAUCGUGGCGCAGACUGCUGUGUUCUUGUGUAUGAUGUGAAUGUCAUGAAGUCAUUUGACAAUCUUAACAAUUGGAGAGAGGAGUUUCUGAUUCAGGCAAGUCCAUCUGACCCUGAAAACUUCCCAUUUGUUGUGUUGGGGAACAAGAUAGAUGUUGAUGGAGGCAAUAGUCGAGUGGUUUCUGAGAAGAAAGCAAAGGCAUGGUGUGCUGCUAAGGGAAACAUACCCUACUUUGAGACUUCUGCAAAAGAAGGUUUCAAUGUGGAUGCUGCAUUUCAGUGUAUUGCCAAAAAUGCGCUUAAGAAUGAACCUGAAGAAGAAAUAUACCUUCCUGACACCAUUGAUGUUGGGGGUGGAGGGCGACAACAAACAUCCACCGGUUGUGAAUGCUGAAAGAACUUGCUGCCCAGCUGUGUUUUUCAAUUAGCAAUACGAGUUUCAUCACUGUGUUUUCAUAUGGUUUUUAAAAAUCUUCAUCUUUGUAUCGUAUAAGUGGCUCCAAAAGCAAAACUGGAUUUCAUCUUGUUGUGCCCCCCUUGAAAAGUUUGCAUCUGUAUUCUGUCAUGUAAUCAUGAUUCAUUUCGAUCACUAUAUAUUACUUGUAAUUGCUGUCGAGUUUUUGUUUGAAA